UAGCUGUGCGGCGCACAUAAUUUACAAAGCUAGCUGAGGCAUGUCCGCGUGAUAACAAAACUCGAAGUUCUUCUGAGCGAGCUGGAAUCGCCUAAGAAGAAGUUAAUAUAAUGUUGAUCGUUCCUUCAUUUUUAUUCACUUUGUGAUGAUUUCUUCUUCAUUUCUUCAUUGAAUAUAUUCAUAUUUUUCUCUGAGUCGUAGUGUAGAGUAUUCGAUUUGGAGCCAUUCGGGCUUAAUUAAGUGGGAGAAUUUCUGCUUUGACAUUUCGAGAAUGGCGUCCCUAGCAGCGGGCUGCUGUCCCGACGGUGGAGCAUUACGACGGCUUCUUAUGUGUCUCGUGAUUUCAGGCUGUGUUGUUUCAUCCAUUGGAGCACCAAGCGUGUCUAAUAUUGAACCUAGGGUUGGGAGUCUACGUGGAGCAACCAGGAUUGAAAUCACGGGAAGCGGAUUUAGCGAGGACAAGUUCAGUUUUGGGGAAGGAAACGAUGACCUCGGUAACAAAGUCUAUUUCCGCAAUUCAACCACCUCCAUACCUUGUGAUGUUUUGGAUUACUAUAGCAACGCCAAAAAGAUCGUCUGCGAGACUAGGUCAGCAUCUGAUGGUACUUUUGAUAUCUACAUAGAGGUAGAUGGAAGGUCUGUUACUGAACUCGGAGGUUCAUACUGCUCAUCUGCAUCCAGGUGUCAAUUUACCUAUCAAUCGAACCGCACUCCAACAAUUUCCUAUGUCUCACCAACCUAUAAUGUUCCAGAACAACCGCUGACGAUCCGUGGGAAGAUCUAUACGGAUCUUUAUGAGUCAACCCAACUCAACGAGGAGGAGGAUGACGCCGACGAACUCGACGAUGAUGUCCUCGUUAUUCAGCGUGUCUACUGGGGUCCUCAAAUAAUCUGUGAUCCUGAAGAUCCUGAAACAGAAGCGCCAUAUGGUAUAGAGCUGGAUGAUGAGGACUCAGAAUGGGGAAAUAUCAUGUGCAGACCCGCGACUACUCUUGUUGGUUCCUACCGUCUGACAUAUCUCGUCUCUGGAGAGUACGGUCGAUCAUUGUCUGAUACAAACACCCUCUACGUCAGCGGAGAGCACAAGCUUUACCAUUACCAGACCCACGCAGAUAUCUCUAGCAUAUCCCCCGUAGAGGGCAGUCUGUCUGGUGGUACAGAUGUAGUUAUUGAAGGAAGCUACUUUGACUAUACUGAUCCAGAUCUGGCAGUAUACAUCGGAGGUGUUCCCUGUGAUAUUUACAACGUGAGCAGUACCGAGAUCCUGUGUCGUACCAAUCCUGCUGAUGAUAACAUCCUUCACGUCAAUGCCACAGUAUUCCCUGGUAGCCGUGGAAUUACCCGAGAAGUCUGGAAUGAAACAGAUGGAGAUAUCAGUGUCGAUUCGGACUUCAACACAUCAGCUUCCGACUACUGCUCCCAUAUCCGUCCAUUCGCCAGUUCCCCGGAGGACCGUCCUUGCGGAGAGUUCGAUAACUACAUCUCUCGCUUCAGAGGGUUCUUCGUUCCUCCUUCCGAUGGUCACUACGCCCUGGCCAUCCAAAGUGACGACAAUUCUGCUCUCUACCUCAGUCAGACGAGAUACCCUGCCGACAUGGUGGAGAUCGCUAACAGCCAGGCGUAUUCCAACAGCUUCUUUCGGUUCGACGGACAGAUCUCAGAUAAGAUGUUUCUGGAAGGCGGCAAGUACUACUACCUAGAGUCACGGAUGAGAGACAACACCGGUGGGGAUAACAUGUACGUCGGUGUCUUCUUCUACGACACGGCCAUCAUUGCUUCACAGUAUGACGGAGCGACGAGUGAGGAACAGACCAUCACAAUCUCUUCAGAUGUGAAAAACGAAUAUCAGUCCGUGACAUAUGGAAGCGGUCUCUACGAGACCCAGGAUAUUCGCGUCAGCAUCGGUUGUACCGGUAUCUUCUGCGAGGACGAUGACGACCAGUUCACCAUGACCUCGAUGGCUAACAUGGUGAUCAACACCACGGAAAAUAAUAUGACCACCGCUGAGAGUACCACGAUGACCAUGACUACAGAGAAUAGCACGGAGGGUAGCGGCAGUGGCUUCAUUGGCUACUUCCGUCUCAACUACAGAGAAUUCUAUACCGAUGAUAUCGAAGUCGGUGCCUCAGCGAUGGAAGUGCAAGAUGCCCUGAACAUGUUACCUCUUGGUAACUCAUCGUCUGGUAACAUGACCUACGGUAACCUCUCCGUCAAUGUGACUGCAUUCGAAGAGGGUGAUGUGACGGUCUACAGGGUCAAGUUCAACAGCUAUGGCAACUUCUCUCUCAUUGAAGAUGCCACUUGGGCUGACAAUGUUAGAGUGAACAUCAGUCGAGUAGCUACUGGCGUAGUGAAUGGUACUGCUCCGUCUAGUUUCAGACUCUUCUAUGGCGGACGUUUAUCUGAUAGUUUGACAUUCGAUUCGUCAACUGACGAUGUUCGCGAUGCCUUUCUGGAUAUGAUCACUGUUCAAUGCGAGUCGACCAGCAGCGGAAAACCUUAUUAUUCCGUGGAUUACGAGUCCGCCGCCGUGGGCAACGAGUACGGAACACGUGUAUACGAUCAGGAGCCAUUCUGUGGACGAACCUCGCUUCGUAAUCCUUGGUGGGUGUUUUUCGCUGGUGUCAUCGGCUCUGUUUCAAGCGUCGACCUGAGAUACACAAGCAAGUUUUGUUUGGGACAUCGUGGGACUGGUUUCGAGAAAUGGUUCUACGUCUGGGUUUCUUGGAUUGACUCAAGCAAGGCCAGUCGAUUCAACGCAAUGUACAUCUCUGCCGACUUCAUACAGAACAGCAACUGGCAGCAUACAUGUGUAGAUUUGUGGGAUACGAUAUCACAGUCGUGGCUUGCAGACCAAAUGCUUUCUGGAACUGGUGUCUAUCUGGAACGAAUCAGGCUCUACCAGAAGACAGACCAAGACUUCUGGGUUGAUAACAUCUUCAUCGGCGUCAAAGACGACUCGUAUGGAGUUCGUGUACCAGCUGCUCGACCCAAUGAUAACUUCAUUCUCGAUGCUUCGGUGGAAUCAACCACCAACGGCUACACCAUCGAGCUCCAGCCCUCCCAGUGCGGUCACAACUUCCCACUCAUCGGGGUGCAAGGCGGUCAGAUCAAUGACGGGUACGUUGAAUCUGGGAGCGACUUCGUCACGUACAGCAGCCGUAGGUGGGAGGAUAGUGCCAGCGUGACGGUAGAGUCAGUCCAGCGCUCUACUCCCCCGGUGUAUGGUACCUUCAAUCUCGCUCAGGAAGGAGGCAGUGUCGUGAAUGGUAUUAGUGGCCAGAGCACGUCCUCUCAGAUGAAAGAUAUUCUAGAGACGUUCUUGGAUGUAGGCGACCUCUCGGUGACCCGGUCUGGUGAAUGUACAGGAUACAGCUGGAACAUCAAGUGGGACAGCAAAGGAGGCAGUCAGGGAUUACUGCAGGUGACAGAUAACAACCUGUACAACAAUGUAACAUGGGUCAACGUGAGCGCGACUCGUGUCAACGAGGGCUCUGUGUUCCUCUCGAGAAUCCCAGGAGAGUUUUUGAGGACAGUCAACGAUAAACCACAGGUGGAAGUGAUUGUGAAUGGUAUACCAUCUUCAUGCCAGAGUGACUCUUGUACCUAUGAGUACGUCCCUGAAGCCACACCCACAUUGAGCUCUAUCACUCCUGCAUCAGGGUCUGCUAGUGACGGCACCACUGUAGUGAUCACCGGCACAGGAUUCAGCGACGAUGUUGCUGAAAACAAUGUGACCAUCGGUGGAGCAGAUUGCAUGGUCGUGGACGCGAAUACGACGAGGAUCGAAUGCGAUGUGGGGCAAGCUCAGGGAGGAGUUUACAACAUCUCCGUCGUCAUUGACGGAAAGGGAAGUGCCUCCCUUCCAUCAGGAGGAGUAGAGUUUGAGUACUCCUUUGAUGUUAGCACCGUCUCACCAGACGAGGGCAGUGCAGCAGGAGGUACGGAAGUGACCAUCAGUGGUUACGGGCUCGGAGGUGACCGAGACAUCGAGGUGUCCAUUGGAAGUAACAACUGUGAAGUCAUAUCUGCAUCCUACGAUGAGAUCGUGUGUGUGAUCGUUGUUGAGUCGGGCUCACGUCGUCGUCGUCGUUCGACCACCGACGCAGAUGUCGUCAUCAAUAUCGACGGAGCUAUGCCUCUCACCGUCAACGAUGGCUUCACGUUUGAUACAAGUCUGACUCCAACAGUCAGUAACCUCAGCCCUGCAACAAGCAGUGUUGUGGGUGGAGAUGAUUUGACCAUCUCUGGCUCAUCCUUUGGUUCCAGUGGUGCUUCGGUCAUGAUUGGCUCUGCAUCCUGCGAGAUCACCUCCCAGGGUGACUCCUCCAUCGUCUGUGUCUUACCCGCCAACGUCCCCGGGGACUACGAAGUGGACGUGGAGAUUGACGGCAUUGGUCUGGCUGAUACCAGCGCCAUUGACCCUUUCAGUUACGUCCUUGAUGUGACUGGAAUGUUCCCAUCCUCUGGAUCCCUCCAGGGUGGUACAGAGGUCACCCUGACCGGUGCAGGCUUUGGUACUGACCCUGAUAACAUCACAGUGUCCAUGGGAGCCUUUGGAUGUGAGGUGACUGAUAUUGCUGAUGAUGAACUGACUUGUACGACGUCAAGCUCUUCUGUCGAUCACCAAGUGGACAACAUGGGAAAGCAUAGCAAAUAUGGAUUGGGUUACAAGUGGAAUCCCCAGCUGGUGACCAUUGCUGCUGGAGACUCUGUCACUUGGUCUUGGAAUGUAGACCCAUAUGUGAGCGGCAUUGGCUAUGCCGUGCAGCAGACAGCCGAUGGAGACUCCCUGGGCUACGAUGGGAGUGGGUUCUACAGUGGAGGCAGGUCCACAUCAUCUGGCUCAUACAAGUAUCAGUUUGAUAUUCCUGGAACGUACUACUACUCCAGCGGUGCCAUCAGAAGUGAUGGGACCAUCUUCAUAAAGGGAGUCGUGGAGGUACGGCCACUAGCAUCCGUUGCUAUGGAGCUUGAUGUGAUGCUGGGAGGAUACAGUGCUAACCAUGAUGUCAACUCAGGAGAGUCCGACCCAACUGGUGGUAGUUGCUCCAACGAGGACACUGCCAUAUCAGGCUGCUCAUCGGCGUCCCCUAACAUCACUGACGAUACCAAAUUCAACUUCAUCUUCGACGAGUGCAUGACACCAUCGAUAUCCAGCAUCGAUCCUCUCAUAGGGGAUAGCUCCGAUACCAUUGUUAUCGAAGGGUCAGGGUUCAGUGAUGAGGACUGCGCUAAUGUUAUCACUGUGGGUCAGUAUCCAUGCGUGACGACCUCCUCCUCGGCGACACGUGUGGAAUGUGAAAUCGAUACCCAGGAUGAGAUGGAGAUUGGAGUGUACCAUGAGAUUGCAGUCAACGUUGCCAAUCGAGGCUUUGCUAUCCAGGAGUCCCAUAUCCUAGCUAACAGGUCCUUCGUGAUGUACCCCAGGAUUGACUCUGUGUCUGACUCUGAUGGCUCAAUCAUGGGUGGACUCACUCUCAGCAUACAAGGUGAUAGCUUUGCACCCUCGUCACCAAGUAACAUUGGGGUUUACAUCGGGUCACUCUCCUGCGAUAUCACCUUCUACAACUAUACCUACAUCGAGUGUACAACGCCAUCGACCUCAUGGUAUGGUGCACAAUCGCUGCGUGUUCAAGUGAAUUCAUUAUGGGCUGUUGGUGGCAGCACCUUCACUUAUUCUGAGGCACAGACACCAAACAUCUCAAGCUGGAUGCCAGAAACCGUGUCUGGGUCUGGAACCACUGGUAUGACCUUCACUGGAUCCCAGCUGUCAUCCAUAACUGAUGACAUCAGCAUCACCAUAGGAGGAGAAGCCUGCAGCAUCACUGCGGCCGGUGAGUCUGAGAUCGAAUGCGAUGUUGAUGCAGUUCCCGUAGGAACCCGCGAUGUUCUGAUCAACAUCGCUGGUAAAGGGCUUGCACAGUUCUUCUAUGGAAACGACACCGUCCAAAGCGAGGCCAACAUCUUCUCGGUGAGUCCGUCGGACGGAAGCACCCAAGGUGGUCAGGCGGUCAACAUCAGCGGGAAUGGUUUCGUUGAUGGCGCGACUGCAGUGACCAUUGAUGGCAGCAGCUGUGUCAUCCAGUCCAUCAGCCUCUCAGAGAUUCAGUGCAUCACUCCUGCAAACUCUGCAGGAACCUAUGACCUUGUGGUUGCCAGCGAUGGCGUCACCUAUGACGCAGAGGACUACGUCUACUCCUCAUCCUCCACACCUACAGUGACCUCCAUCACUCCCGGGUCAGGAGAAACUGGUACCAGCAUCACCAUCUCUGGAUCUGCCUUCAGCGACACUGAUUCAGACAUCUCGGUCACCAUCAAUGGAGUCGAUUGCUCCAUCACGAGUGCUUCCUCAUCAGAGGUUGAGUGUGAUGUCGGGGCUCAUUCCGCUGGUGUCUUUGAUGUUAUGAUUCAUGUAAAUGGACUUGGCAAUGCCGAUAAUGAUGAAACAUUCGAGUAUGAGCUCACCGUUUCAUCCACCUCACCUUCAACAGGAAGCUUUGGAGGUGGACAGACUCUAGUGAUCGAAGGCUCAGGAUUUGAUAGUGAGACCACCAUGGUCACCGUGUGUGGAUAUGAGUGUCUACUGUACAAUGCUAAUGAGACAACUGUGGAAUGUGAUAUGCCUGCAAAUUCUGAUUCGUCUAGCACCCUUGACUGUGACAUUGUAGUUAGUGUAGCUAGCGGAUCUGAGGUGACCCAAUCAGAUGCCUACCAGUACCGACGUGAUAUGACCCCUGUCAUAGAGUCUGUCUCACCUGCUAGAGGUGGGACAGGCGGAGGGACGACGGUUACCAUCACUGGUCAGGACUUCUUGGACUCUGGUAACGAGGUAACGAUCGCUGGAACGACAUGCACUAUCUUAUCUGAGAGUGCGACAUUGAUCACCUGCCAGACCGGUGCUCAUUCACCAUCCAUAAGGUCACAGGUCAGAGUUCAAGUUGGCUCCGAUGGCAUCGCAACUCAGGACAAUGCUGACUAUUUCUACAUUGACGUCUGGUCGUCAAUCUACACCUGGGGUGGUAACGAUCCACCUGUUGCGGGAGACUUUGUGAUCAUACCAGUGGGUCAAACAAUCUUGUUGGAUAUUACCACACCUAUCCUGAAAGUUCUCCUUAUUCAAGGUGGUGAAAUGAUCUUCGAUGAGGCCGACAUUGAACUGCACGCCGAGUACGUGGUCGUUACUGACGGAGGUCACUUUGAGAUCGGAACAGAGGAAGAACCAUUCCAGCACGAGGCAAGCGUUGUCAUGCAUGGCCAUGUGAGGUCUGUAGAACUCCCUCUGUUCGGUGCCAAGACGUUUGCUGUCAGAAAUGGAACAGUUGAUAUGCACGGAAUCCCGACACCCAUCACCUGGUCGAGACUAGCCGAGACUGUGAAUGCUGGAGAUACUGAACUCACUCUCAUGGAUUCUGUUGUAAACUGGAGGAUCGGAGAUCAUAUGGUACUUGCAUCCACUGGCACCAGGCAUAAGCAGACUCAGAAUGAAGAGGUCGAAAUCACAGGUUUCUCCAAUGACAACAUGACGAUCGAGUUCACCCCGGCGUUGGAGUACGAGCACAUCUCCAUCUCUCAGGUGAUUGAUGGAAUCCUGGUGGAGACCAGGGGAGAGGUUGGACUACUCACUCAUAAUGUCAAGAUCAGAGGCUCCGUCCAUGAGGAAUGGCUGGAGGAAGUAGAGGCAUGCCCGGAUGAAUUUGAUACAAAUCAAUUUGCCACGCAGACAUGCUUCCAAGGACGCUUUGGUGCAGAAACUGUGACUGAUGAAUUUGGUUCACAGAUCAUGUUCUUUGCCAAAGAGCAGGACACGCAUCUGGUUCGAGGUCGGUUUGAGUAUGUGGAGGUGACCCAUGCCGGCCAGGCAUUCCGUCUUGGUCGCUACCCAAUCCAUUUCCACAUGAACGGUAACAUCACUGGUUCGUAUGUGCGAGGAUGCGGUAUCCAUCACACCUUCAACAGGGCCGUGACUAUCCAUGGUGUCCACCACCUCCUGGUGGAACACAAUGUAGCCUUCAAUGUGAUGGGACAUGCCUUCUUCUUGGAGGACGGUAUAGAGACCAAGAACAUCAUCCAGUACAACCUUGCUGUCUUUGUCCGACCUAGUAGCAGUUUGCUGAAUGUCGACGUGACGCCAGCCUCCUUCUGGGUGACCAACCCUGAUAACUACGUCCGUCACAAUGCCGCAGCAGGUGGCAGCCAUUUCGGAUUCUGGUACAACAUGCCCGCGCACCCUAUGGGACCGUCCUUCACAACAGCUGUCUGUCCACGCAAUGUGCAAGUCCUGGAGUUCAACAACAACACGGCUCACACCAUGGGAUGGUACGGUAUCUGGAUCUUCCCAUCCUAUCAUCCGAAAGCUGAUAGCAGCUGUGGCGGUGUUGCUGGCCAUACUGAAUUCCACAACUUAACGGCGUGGCGUACUGAACGUGGAGCAGAAGGUGUCCUUGUUGGACCAAUCCAGUUCCACAACUUCCUCAUGACUGACAACGAGGCUUCAGGGAUCGAGUUCCAAACCGUUGGGAGCGUCUGGGGAGAAGAUGGUCCAAUGGUCAAGGACUCUGUCAUUAUAGGCUACACUCCAGGACUUGCUGAAGGCCAAGAGGCUGAUAGAUGUACAUCAGCUGGAAUCCAUUUACCAAAGUCCAAGUUUCUCACAGUUGAUGGGGUACGGUUCAUUAACUUUGAUCAAGACAGAUGUGUUACAUUGAGAGCCUGUGCUCACUGCAAGGUAUUCCAAGGAGGUUUCGAGCAUCGCUUCAAGAACCUGAUUUUUACUGAUUCACCAAACAAAGCUGCCUUCCAAUGGGAGCAUGAGACAUGGUUUGAAGAUCUAGAUGGAACUCUGACUGGAAAUGCUGAUUCCAUCGUGACCCCCCAAAACAACGGUCUCCCAACAGAUCACUGCACUUUUGAUGUCGAGGAUUUCAGUAAGGGUUUUAACGGGGCGGUCUGCGAUGAGUCGGUCCUUCUGCACAGAAUGGCUUUCAACGACGCUUACCCUGAAUCGCUUCAUUACAAGGCCACCAUCCUGACCAACAGUUACGGUACUACCAGCGUCCCGUACCGCAAGAAGAGAAUUACUCAUCCGACGGGAUGGAUGCUGACUCUGGUCGAAUCGGAGACAUACAACUUCUAUUUUGAGAAUGUUGAUCACGUCACCAACAUCUCCUAUGCAGCCAGGUUUGAUGGAUUUGGCGAUGGGGACUUCGUCAUCAUGAACCACAACUUUACCCAGAGUCCAGAUGCCUUUGCCUUGAUAGGACAAGUGACUGAGAACGUUGGGCGUCCUUUAGAGUACAGCGAAGAUGAAAAUGCAGACUGGUACUUUAACAACGAGACCAAUAAUCUCUACUAUCUCAUUUCUGGCAAGGAUCAGAGCUCACUGGUUGAUCGCUCAGUGAAUCUUGACGUGUACCGAUGCUACUACAAGGAUUGCAUCCCGCCGGUUCCAUCCGUUCCUCCACCACCUCCUGAAGGUAGACCAGAGGGUGUCCUCUUCUGGGGAGAAGCGGCAGCUUGGGAGGACGUCACUGAUGGAUGGGGCGGAAACACUGGAUCAGGCAGCAAUGUGCCACAGAAUGGUGAUGAUGUCAUGAUCUUCCCAGAGCGGUGGAUUGUAGCCAACGACACUCUGCCUUGGAUGAACAAGCUGUUCAUUUAUGGUACCUUAGAGAUUGAUGACUCCAGAGACAUGGUAAUCAAUGCUACCUAUAUCCUGAUCCAAGGGGGACGUCUGAUCGCAGGAUUUAACGAAACAAGACCUUUCACCCAUGACCUGCGUAUCCUCCUCAAUGGCCAUCAUUUCACCCAGGACAUCCCUCUUCCUAAUGGACCCAACCUGGGAUCCAAGGCUCUAGGUGUCUUUGGAACCCUGGACCUUCAUGGUAUGCCCCGUGAUGUCACUUGGACCCAGCUUGCCUCAACGGUCGAGGCUGGCGACAGCGAGUUCACAGUGAUCGUUGAUACUGAUUGGCGUGUGGGUGAUGAGAUCGUUGUGACGGCGACAUCCUACGAGGCGUGGCAUACGGAAACCUUCAGGAUCUCCUCCAAGACUGAUUCCAGGACAUUCAGUAUCAAUGGAACAUUUGCUCAUAUGCACACAGCUGAGUCUGCAGAGUUUAAUGGCAAGGCUUACACCAUUGCUGCAGAGGUGGGACUCCUAACACGCAACAUUGUCAUUGAGGGCAACGAUUAUGAUCUCCUCUUUGACGAAUCAUUCGGUGCAAGAACGAUUGUCGGCUCAUUCAUCCAAGAUGGAGAAUUUUAUAGAGGUUCGGGUCACUUUGCCAACGUAGAGUUUAAGCGGACCGGCCAAGAAGGAUGGACAGACUUCUAUGACCCUCGAUACUCCCUGGCCUUCCUGGACAUUGGGGAUGUACUGUUGGAUGCAGUACCCUCGUUCGUCCACAGCUGUACAUUCCACAAUGGAUUCAGCCUCGCCAUUGGUGUGUUUGGAACAGACAACAUUGAGAUUGACAACAAUGUAAUCCACCAUACUGUUGGUGCAGGUAUUAAAUCCUAUGGAACUAACACCAUGAUCACCAACAACCUGGUGACUCUGAUGGUGUUCCCAGGGACCUACCAAGACCGAUUUGAAGAUGAGAAUAUCGACUGGAUGGGAGGUAUUGAUGUAGCCGAGGCAAUGGAUCCAAUCCUCAUCAACAAUACGGUGGCUGGAUCAGAACGAGUUGGAUUCAACAUCAAGGGAGAGAGAUGCAGUGAUCCCAAUGCCUGGUCCAACAACGUGGCCCAUUCCAACUAUCAUGGCGUACAUAUCCUCAAGACGGGGCAAGACCCAUGCUUGCGAGUUCAUGAUUUCUUCAGCUACCGCAACUUAGAUUACGGACUUUACGCCCUGACCUCGUCUUCCAUCGAGAUAAGCGAAUCAACUUUCGUUGACAACGGGGCUAACAUCUUGGUUCAUGACUACGGCCCUUCAGCUCUAUCUCAUUUAGUAGCCAAUAAAUACGUCCUUGUGGAAGACUCCCUCAUUGUUGGAAACAGUGACAGCUUUGACUGUGAUCUAGACAAGGUUACUCCUGAAGGGUCAAGUCAGAGCUCCAAACAGCGGUCUACCAAGUCACCCAAUGGAGGAACAGUAGGCGUCUACUUCACCUCAUUCAAGGGUUCUUCAGGGGGUGCUCCGUUUAAGCCUUUUACUUCUGUGAUGAGCUACCCAGCCAUCGGAGGAAAGAUGAUCCUUCGUGAUGUAACAUUCUCCAACUUCAACGACAAAUGUUCCGGAGGAGACAAAGUUAUUAUGACGAGUCCUCAAAGCGGUGAUGCCAUGCAUCCUAUCGAAGUAGAAGGACUGACAUUCAUUGAUACUCCUACUGAUAACUAUGUAUGGUUCCAUCGCCCACCUCUUGGCUUGGUGAAUCCCUCUGAUUGUGUAGACAUGGACUGUGAUGCUCACAAGAAGGUCAUAAUUCAAGAUGUUGACGGGAGCCUGCUGGGUAGCCCAGGGACAGUGAUUCCAGAUUCUGCUUUUGAGUGGGACGGCGAUCGAAGGCGUGGACUCGGAGACUACCGCAUCCCCAAGAUGAUGCUGACCACACCCGACGGUGCCAGGAUUCCAAAGGAGGAUGUUGCUCCCAAUAAUGGUAUCAUCCGUAAUGAUGACUGUGAGUGGCAUGACAGAUGGCAGGCCUGGGAGUGCCAUGGUAUAGAUCACAUGAUGAUGAUUGUAGAGAGUAUGGAUGCAGACACCGAGUUGCGUCGUGUCUCUCCCGUUGCCCUUCACGCCGACGGCUAUGUGGAUCUUAUCAACGGACCUCAGGACCAUGGAUGGUGUCUUGGUUACACCUGCCAGGAGAGGAUCAGUACCUUCUACACCAUAGUGGCUACCAAUAAGAACUACGAGCUGUUCUUCACAGGCACCAACCCCCAGAGUCUGCGCUUCCACCUGCUGAAUGCCGUAGAGUCCCAGGCACUGACCGUUGGUAUCUGGUAUGCCAACCCUCAACGUCUGGACGUCUAUGUCGACGGACUCUACAUCAUUCCAAACAACGGACAGUACGUCGACGGUGGGCUUCAGUGGAUUGCCCCCACCCCAGACACAGACUUCAUGCCUUCACUGGAUUCCAUGGUACUGGGAGACAACUACUUUGACCGUGAGAAGCAGACCCUCUACAUCCUGGUCCGAGGGUCCACCUUUGUCGAGAUCAGGACCACCCCAGUAGUCAUCACAACGUUUGGGGUUCCUGCCGUGGAGGUGGAUGAUUUCUUUGAAGAGAAUCUGGUAGAAAACCUUGCCAACUUGCUUAACAUUGAUCCUUCACAGAUCAGAGUAGUUGACAUCAUCUCGGAGGCCAGACGGAAGAAGAGGUCGACAGGUUCCGACACAGAAGUAGUCGUUGAAAUCGGGGCAAAUCCAGUUGCAUCUAUUUCUACAGAUAACUCCACCACGACACCUGCUCCUUCCGGCACCUCAUCUCCAUCAGAGUUGAGCUUUGAUCAGUUGACAGAGGUCCAGGCCAUGCUUGCGGAUGAGAUGCAGACUGGUAACCUUGGCGACAGUCUUGGGGUCACUAUCAACUCUAUGGCCAUGACUGACCCUGUGGACACUCCUAAGGAUCCUACGGGAGGAGUAAGGGCUACCAAUACUACCGGUGGACCAGCCAAUGGCACAACCACGUUUGCUGAGCAGCAGGCAGCGGAGGAAGAGUUAGCUUUGAGCACCGCUGGUGAGGCUACGGUUUACGUCGUUGCUUCUACCAUGAUCAUCGAGGUACAGCCUGAUGAUGCCAUCGAGGAAAGUGCCUUUGGAACGCAACCAAGGAUCAAAGUUCUGGAUAAUCAGGGUAACCGAAUUGAGCAGCUUGGUACCCCAGCCCGACCCUGGCAGGUGACAGCGACCAUCAGCAGCUGGACCUCCGACGGCAUCAUCGGUUUCAUCUCGGACAACCAGACCAUCUCAUUCGAAGGAGGCUGGGCUAACUUCACUGACCUUGGGGUUAACAUCAGCGCUACUGACCUGGUCCUUGAGUUCACAAUCACGUACCCUAACACAUCCAGCCUAACGGCGAGCACCGAGGCCUUUGACGUCGAUGUCCAGCCUUACGAGUUGGAGAUCAUCACGGCGCCCUCGUCUGAUGUGAUGGAGAAUGAAGUGUUUGAGGUCAUCGUUGAACUCCGAGAGACACAUACCGGUGAUGUGCCCACCAACCUAGCUGAGAAGGGCUUUGACUCCUGGCUAGUGACGAUCGCGAUCUCUGACCCAACCAACUACAGAGGUGAACUCCAAGGUGAUCUCAGCACCAUCCUAGACCUAUCCACUGCCCGAGCAACCUUUAGCUUGAGCAUCAACGAGGCCAGCUAUUACUACAUCCUAACCGUGUCCGUUGUCACGUCGCCCUCUAGUGCCUACCAUGCCAGCGGCAGUCUGGAUCCGUUCAAUGUCGUGGCUGAGAACAACGCCAUAAACUCUGGUGAGACCGCAUCGCUCACGAUCAGGUUCGACUACGACUAUUCCAGCAUUGCUCAGGACAACGAGGAGCUGAUUGCGGCCAACUUUUUGAACCACAUUGCGCCAAACUAUGAGAAUGCUACCUUCUCUAAUGUACAAGUUUCAGAAGGAUCAAUCUUGAUAUCAUUUGAUAUCACCGGUGAUGUGGAGUCGGUCCAGAGCCUGAUCUGGGAAGACAUCCUGGACGGUGACCUUUCUAUAACCUUUAAUGGUCAAACCCUAUUGGCUGAGGAGUAUCUCAUGGUUGAUGGAGCACCAUAUGACCCAACGUCUUCUUCAAGUAGUCUGCCAAUCUGGAUCAUUAUUGUAGUCGUGGUCGUCAUCCUCAUCCUCAUCGCCGUCAUCGUCAUUGCAGUCAUCAUGGUCAAGAAAAACAGCAACAGGAAAGUGACACAGAUGGAUGAGAUGCCCCUUGCUACCACAAAGGAGUAUGGUGACAAUAAGGACUAUAAGUUAAUGAGCUAUGUAGGCUCUGAGAGCAGUUUGAUCCAUCCUUCCCUGGCUCCGACUAUCCGCUUUGAUCAUUCACCUUCUCCCGAUGAAGGAUUGGUGAACAAGCACCUUCUGUUUGAUGAUGAGACAGACAGCCAGCGUAGCACCCUGUCAGCUCGUAGCCGCUCUCCAGGAUUGCACUUGGCUAGGAGGUCACCCGAGGUCGCCGUCAGCGCAUUGCCUCCUGGAUUCUUGGAAGGACAGAUGGAGACUGAACUCGCUGAUCGUGUGCGACUCUUCAUCAUGGUGAAGAACUCUGACGGGACGUUCCAGAAGCUUGGUGAGGUCUCUGCCAAUAUGGUGGGUACGAUCAGCCAGCUGCGUCACGACCUCAAGGACACUGGUCUCUCUCACAAGGUCAGGGACAAACCUUUCGUCAUCCUCAAGGAAACACUGGCUGAGAUCCAACCGGGUGAUGAGAAGAAGUUGAUGGUGAACGAGGUCUACUCAUCGGACUGUGUCCUUCUCAAGUGGCUUGACAAUCAAGACAUCACCCAGCUGUGCAUCUGUGGUUUGGUUGGCCAGUUCCACUGCUCUCUGUGUCAGAAGCAAGCGUACUGCAGUCCACAAUGCCAAUCUACUGACUGGCCACGUCAUAGCUUCAAGUGCUCUCAAUGGGCCACAGAAUGAUAGUCUCCAACAGCCAUUCUUACAUCUAGGCAAAUCAUGGAUGCUUUAUUGAUGUGUGUGAUCAUCACCAACAGUGCUUUUUACAGCUAGGCAAAUUAUGGAUGCUUUAUUGAUGUGUGUGAUCAUCACAAAAGUGCUUUGUAGAGUUAUGUAAAUUGUUAACGAUUUAGACGUUCAUUAUGCUUCUUAAUGAUUGAAAAUAUAAAAGACGAGCCAUACCGUCCGUAUUCAAAGGCAUUCCAGACAGUUUGAUGAAGUAAGAUGAAUUUAGUUUGUGUGUGUGUGUGUGCAUGCUGGGCCGUAAGUCAGGCUUCAGCGUCGCUUCCGUAAUACGUUUGUACAUUCCGUGACUUCCGUCCAUCAAAAACAUAGUUUUAUAUUGAUGCUUUAAGAGAGUAAGGAACCUGUGUGUUUAGUUUGACCAGGCAUUUUUAUGCUAAUGAUAAUUUGAAUGAUGUGCUUAAAUGUUUGUUAUGUUUCAUCCAUUAGAUGGUAGAAAAGUUUUAAAUCCAGGAACAAAAAACAACAAAAAAGCAGAAGAAAGCCCAUGAUGACUAUGAUUAUCAAAUAACAUUUGAUUUGAGAAGCAUUAUGACUGUAUAUACCCCUCAUACAAGAUAAGAGUUUUUUUAAGCUUAAAGAAUGGUCAAUUGUAAGUAUUUGCGGUAUAACGUUCAAAUUGCUUCGUAUCCUGGGUUCACGGCUAUGCUGUCUCUGUCAAAAUCAUAACGUUAUUUUUACAUUUUUUUCUUUUGCUUCACUGUUUUUUAAAUGAAAAAAACAAAAUGUAAAAGUUGAAUAUGCUAUUUUUGUGUUUUAUAGAUCUUACGUGUUUGUAUGUUCUUGUUUAUAGGCAUUCACCUUUUAGUUAACUACACAAAUUAUGAAGACUACUAACAUUAUCGAUCAAAUUAGCUAAUACAUGUGUAUAUUUUUUUUUAAAGAGGAUGAAUACCAUUUUUCGAAGAGGAAAGGGGAACAAUCAAGCCUCUUAUGAACAAAUAUGCAUAUUUACCAUGCUUGCUUUGCCGUUCUACAUUCUGUAGUUUGUUACUAAUAUUCAUUAAGAAAAAAAAAAAUUGUUAUUUUUUUAAUGUAAUAUGGUAUUUCUUAAGUUUUAAGUAUCAAACCUUUCACCUUUCAUUCUUACUUGGUAUUGAAGUGUCAAUAAUCAAUAAACUAUUUUGUUUUUACUUAAGACUUUUGAAAGAAAAAAAAGUGAUAAGGUGAAAUGAUUGAAAGUAUAAAAUUUUUCCCCCAAAAACCUUUUUUUAAAGAUGUCACAAUCAUAACAAAAUUCUGAUAAGUGAAAAUAGGAUUUUGUCCUAGAUGCUUGAAUUUUACUAUCAAUCAGUUAAACAAAUUAUUGCUCGUCUUGAAACUAUUUUAAAGAAUAUUUUGCGUUUGUUAUCAAAGAAUUGAAAAAACCUUUUAGAUUGUGAGCUCAUGAAUUAUAUAUUUUUUGCACAUUUUUAGGAAUUUUUAUAACAUUUUGGAACAUUCUAUUAUAUUUUGGAACUAAAUAAAGGAUAAAGCAAAUCAGUGA